UGCCCAGCGGAGCCGCCGAGGCCGGCGAGGCCGCCGAGCCGCCGCUGCUGCUGCUCCAGCAGCGCCUACAAAGGUUCGGCCUCCGCCAACCCGGCGCGCUGGAGCCGCCCGGGAAGGAGCAGGAGGAGGACGGCGGAGAGGCGGAGCUGAGGGAGGAUGAGGGCGAGGAGGACGAAGGCGAUGCGGCCGCGUUGUUGCUCCCCUCGCCGCUCUUGCCGGCUCUGCUGCCGCUCGAUGCUGCUGAGGGGGCGGCCGGGGCGCGGGGGAUGAUGGCGGCGGCGCUGUCCCACGCUUACGGCGGGGCUCCGGCCGUGGGCGGCGAGCAAACGGCGCUGCUCCGCAGGAAGAGCGUCAACACCACCGAGUGCGUGCCCGUGCCCAGCUCCGAGCAUGUGGCCGAGAUCGUGGGGCGCCAGGGCUGCAAGAUCAAGGCGCUGCGGGCCAAGACCAACACGUACAUCAAGACCCCGGUGCGCGGCGAGGAGCCGGUGUUCGUGGUGACCGGGCGCCGCGAGGACGUGGCCACGGCCAAGCGGGAGAUCCUGGCGGCGGCCGAGCACUUCUCGCUGAUCCGGGCGUCCCGCGGCAAGGGCGCGGCGGCGGGGCCGUGCUGCGCUCCGGCGCUGCCGGGGCAGACCACGGUGCAGGUGCGGGUGCCGUACCGCGUGGUGGGGCUGGUGGUGGGGCCCAAGGGAGCCACCAUCAAGCGCAUCCAGCAGCAGACGCACACCUACAUCGUGACGCCCAGCCGCGACAAGGAGCCGGUCUUCGAGGUGACGGGCAUGCCCGAGAACGUGGACCGGGCGCGGGAGGAGAUCGAGAUGCACAUCGCCAUGCGCACCGGCGCCUUCCUGGAGCUCGGCGGCGACGCCGACUUCCGCGACAACGGCACCGACGUCGGCUUCGAGGGCUCGGCGCCCGGCCCCGCCUGGCUCGGCGCCCGCCCCGCCGCCCCCGCCCGCGCCAGGAUGGUCUCCAGCUACCGCAACGACAGCUCCAGCUCGCUGGGCAGCGGCUCCACCGACUCCUACUUCGGCGGCAGCCGCCUGGCCGACUUCAGCCCCACCAGCCCCUUCGGCGCGGGCGGCUUCUGGUUCGGGGAGGCGCUGCCCGCCGCCGAGGAGCUGGCGCUGGACUCGCCCGCCUUCGAGCCCCUGCCCGCGCCCUCCCCGACCAUCUGGGCCCCGCUGGAGCCCGCGGCCGCCCCGCCCGGGCUGGGCGGCGAGCCCGGGGCCGGCGGCAGGGCCCCGCGGCGCGGCAGCCAGCCCCCCACGCCCCGGCUGUCGCCCACCUUCCCCGAGGGCCCCGAGCAGCCGCUGGCCCGGCGGGCCCAGGGCGAGCAGCCCGGGCUGCCCAUCUACAUCCCCGCCUUCUCCAACGGUACCAACAGCUACUCCUCGUCCAACGGCGGCUCCACGUCCAGCUCGCCGCCCGAGUGCCGCCGCAGGCACGAGUGCGUCGUGUGCUUCGAGAGCGAGGCCACGGCCGCCCUCGUGCCCUGCGGCCACAACCUCUUCUGCCUGCAGUGCGCCGGCAGGAUCUGCGACAGGGCCGCGCCCGCCUGCCCCGUGUGCCACAGCGCCGUCACUCAGGCCAUCCAGAUCCACUGCUGAGCGCUCACCGCCGCUCCGCGCCGGGCUUGCCUGGCGCCGGGCCGGGAGCCUGCCGCGGGAGCACCCGGGACCUGCCCCGGUUCUGCCGCGGGAACACCCCGGGAACACACGGGACUGCUGCGGGAGCACUGGGAGCCUGCCCCAGGUACACCCCGGGAACACCCCGGUUCUGUCCCGGUUCUGCUGCGGGAACACCCCGGUUCUGCUGCGGGAGCACCCCGGUUCUGCCCUGGGAACACCCCGGUUCUGCCCUGGGAACACCCCGGUUCUGGCUCGGGAACACCCCGGUUCUGUCCCGGGAACACCCCGGUUCUGGCUCGGGAACACCCCGGUUCUGUCCUGGGAACACCCCGGUUCUGUCCCGUUAACACCCCGGUUCUGUCCCGGGAGCACCCCGGUUCUGUCCCGGUUCUGAACCCCCCUGUUCGGCCGCAGCCCCGCCCCUGCCGAUGCUGCCUUCUGUGCACUGCCAGCGCUGCUCCGGGGGUGCCCUCGGGGGCUCUCGGCGCUGUCCCUCCCCGGCCAGCGGUCAGCGGUGUCCGGAGCCCGCGGGGCCGGGCCGGCCGCUCCCGAUCCCCCGGAUCCCCCGAUCCCCGCGGGACGCUGACAUUCCCAUCCCGCCUUCCCAAACCACCCGACAGAGCCCGCGGGUCAAAAGGUGACGCGUGUCCCUCCGCCCGACCCCCGCCUCGCACAUCACCCCCGCUAAAUGUUCAUUUCUCACUGCGGAAAAGGGUAAAAACACAUCGGGGAGUUGUGGCCGCUGCUGUUCAGCGGCCCUGCAAUCAGUUUGCUUCAUUUCAAAAAGUCCUUCCAAUCAUGGGUGAGAAAAGAGAGAAAAGAGAAAAGGAAAGGAAAGGAAAGAAAAAAGAAAA